UAUAUAUAGUUAUUCUUGCUUAAAAACGCACGAUCGCGAUGAUCCGUGAACCGGUUUUAUGAUCUCGCUUCGGCCAUACAGCUAAGAUGUAGAGGUGGUUAGAGCGGACCUUCUGGACAGCUUGAACAGAAAGAUGGGCCUGGCUAUAAAAGCACAGCACAGCUUCUCAUCGGCAUGAACUUCUUCCCGCUGUCGAUGCCUCAGCUCAUAUACCGGUAACCAGACAUAUACCAGCCCGUGGACUAGUCAAACCGAUACCGGGACACCGCUAACUGUCCAGCUGAUCGCCGCAGAGGCCAGCUGCCUUCGACCGUCACUCCCCACCCCCCAAGCGGCUUGUCAUUCCGGCUUCCCUCGGGAAGUGUGUUUCUGGGCCCUGCUGGUGCCAUGGAGCAGUGAUGUGCCCCUGCAUCUAAGCAUAGCCGGAGGACAGCAAGGCCGCUGCCGCCAUGACGGAGUGCUUCCUGCCCCCCAGCAGUAGCCCUGGUGAGCAGCGGCGGGCCGAGGCCCCGGGAGGCGUGGCCCGCACACCCAGCUCUGAGGAGAUCAGCCCCACCAAGUUCCCUGGCCUGUACCGCACAGGGGAGCCCUCACCUCCUCAUGACGGGCACCACCACGAGCCCCCCGACGCAGUUUCGGACGACGACAAGGAGCACAGCAAGAAGAAGAACAAGUUCAAGAAAAAGGAGAAGAGAACUGAGGGAUACGCCGCCUUUCAGGAGGACAGUUCAGCAGACGAGGCUGAGAGCCCAUCUAAAAUGAAGCGCUCCAAGGGCAUCCACGUAUUCAAGAAGCCCAGCUUUUCCAAGAAGAAGGAGAAGGACUUUAAGGUGAAGGAGAAGCCCAAGGAGGACAAGGCCAAGGAGAAGAAGUCCAAGGACCUGACAGCAGCGGACGUGGUGAAGCAAUGGAAAGAGAAGAAGAAGAAGAAGAAGCCGAGCGGCGAGCUGGAGCCCGUCCCCGCUGAGGUGCCGUCACGCCGGCCUGUCUUCGGAGUGCCGCUGGACGAGGCCGUGAAAAGGACGGCGCUCUAUGACGGCAUCCAGCUGCCCGCCAUCUUCAGGGAGUGUGUCACCUACAUUGAGAAUUACGGCAUGAAGUGCGAGGGCAUAUACCGUGUCUCAGGGAUGAAAUCCAAGGUGGAUGAACUGAAGGCGGCGUAUGACCGUGAGGAGUGUCCCUGCCUGGAGGAGUAUGACCCCCACACAGUGGCCAGCCUCCUGAAGCAGUACCUGCGUGAGCUGCCUGACAGUCUGCUGGGCCGUGACGUGGCAGCCCGCCUGGAGGAGGCCUGUGGUCGGCCUACUGAGGCCGACAAGGUGCAGGAGUGCCAGCGGCUGCUGGCCGAGGCUCCCGCCUGUGGGCGUCUCCUGCUGGCCUGGCUCAUCACCCACAUGGACCACGUCAUUGGCAGGGAGGCCGACACCAAGAUGAAUAUCCAGAACAUCUCUAUUGUCCUCAACCCCACGGUGCAGAUUGGGAAUCGUGUGCUGUACAUCUUCUUCACCCAUGUGAAGGAGCUCUUCGGGGAUGUGCUUCUGAAGUCAGCCAUCCGUCCUCUGCGCUGGUCAAACAUGGCCACCAUGCCAGCGCUGCCCGACACCCAGGAGAGCAUCAAAGAGGAGAUCCGCCGUCAGGAGUUCCUGCUGAACUGCCUCCAUCGGGACCUGCAGGCGGGUGUGAAGGAUCUGUCCAAGGAGGAGCGUCUGUGGGAGGUGCAGCGCAUCCUGACCGCCCUGAAGCGCAAGCUACGAGAGGCUAAGCGACAGGAGUGUGAGACCAAGAUUGCCCAGGAGAUCGCCAGCCUCUCCAAGGAAGAUGUGUCUAAGGAGGAGAUGACGGAGAACGAAGAGGAGGUUAUCAACAUCCUCCUGGCACAGGAGAACGAGAUCUUGACGGAGCAGGAGGAGCUUAUUGCUUUGGAGCAGGUGCUUCGCCGGCAGAUUGCCACGGAGAAAGAGGAGGUGGAGCGGCUGCGGGCGGAAAUUGCCGACAUCCAGAGCCGGCAGCAGGCCCGCAGCGAGACGGAGGAGUACUCCUCGGACAGCGAGAGUGAGAGCGAGGAUGAGGAGGAACUGCAGAUCAUUCUGGAGGACCUGCAGAGGCAGAAUGAGGAGCUGGAGAACAAGAACACGCACCUGAAUCAGGCCAUCCACGAGGAGCAGGAGGCCAUCAUUGAGCUACGCGUGCAGCUCCGCCUCCUGCAGUCACAUAAGCUGCAGCAGGAGCAGGUGGCGCAGUCGGUGCAGGCAGGCCAGCCGUCGCAGCCAAGCCCCGAAGCCCGGCCUGAGGAGCCUGGCAAGCGCAGUGCCACACAGCCCGCAGUGCCUGCAGGUGACUCUCCAGCUCCCUCUAAUGGCAAGGUCACCAAGGAAGUCCUGAAACCUUCACCCAGCAAGGACCGCUGGGAAACUAACCUGUGAGUCAUUCCUCCCGGCUGUCCUGGCCCUGCAUCUGUGAGGGGGGGGCAUCAUGAAGCACCUGGACAGGCACAGAGCGGACCAGGAGCACUUAUGCACUAUUCCCCACCCAGCAAAAAAAAGCACAGCAGAGGACGGGCACCAUGCAAGCUGUGAUGUGCAAGCUUACCCAGCGCUGCAGUUGCAGUGGGACAUGUAAAGGUGCCUUGGAGUACGGCCAGGGAACUCCAGUCAAUGUCCUGUCUGUGUGACUUCUGGAUGUGUGGGGAAGCUUGGAUUAUUUCACUUAUUGAAUAUGCGCAUAUAUAGAUAUACAUACACAUAUAUAAAUAUAUUACUCAUUUAUUUUUGUGAAGUAUUGUUGUCGCUUAGCUGUGUGUGAAUCCAGCGCCAGGCCCACACUUACGAGCUGCUGGAUCAGUCCCUUCGGCUUCGGCACCAGGCCCACACUCCCGAGCUGCUGGGUCAGUCCCUUCAGCUUUGGCACCAGGCCCACACUCCCGAGCUGCUGGGUCAGUCCCUCCGGCUUCGGCACCAGGUCCACACUCCCGAGCUGCUGGGUCAGUCCCUUCAGCUUUGGCACCAGGCUCACAUUCUUGAGCUGCUGGGUCAGUCCCUCCGGCUUCGGCACCAGGCCCACACUCCCGAGCUGCUGGGUCAGUCCCUCCGGCUUCGGCACCAGGCCCACACUCCCGAGCUGCUGGGUCAGUCCCUUCGGCACCAGGCCCACACUCCCGAGC